AUGGACAUUGAACAAUUCAGAAAGGCAGGACACGCCGCUAUUGAUCAGAUAUGCGAUUACUAUUCAAACAUUUCGAACGUACCUGUCAAAGCACAAGUUCAACCUGGUUAUUUGAUCGAUCAAUUACCCAGAGAAGCACCUGAGAAUGGACAGAAAUUCGAUGAGAUCCAAAGAGAUUUCGGUAAAUUGAUCUUACCUGGUAUAACACAUUGGCAAUCACCUUCAUUCUUUGCUUAUUUCCCUUCAAACUCGACUUUCGAAUGUAUGAUUGCGGAUUUGCUCUCUUCAAGUGUAUCUAAUCCAGGAUUUAACUGGAUCUGCUCGCCGGCAUGUACGGAGCUGGAACAGGUGGUAGUGGAAUGGGCAGCUAGGAUGUUAGGUCUCUCGAAGGAGUUUUGGGGUUCUUCAGGUAUAGGUGGAGGAGUGAUUAUGGGCUCAGCAUCCGACUCGGCAUUCACUGCAGCCAUAGCCGCCCGAGAGAAAGCUCUAAGACGACUAUCCCUCGAGGCAGGAGUUCAAGCUGGAGAUAAUGGACAGAUAGAGAUUCCUGAUGAGAUCAGGCAGGAAUACGGCCAGAAACUAGUCGUUUAUGGUAGUACCCAGACUCAUAGCUUGGGUGCAAAGGCUGCCUUGAUGCUCGGAUUACCCUUCCGAGCUAUACCCGUAUCGAUCGAAGAUCAAUAUUCCCUCAGAGGAGAGGAUGUAAGAGAGGCUAUUGAGAAAGACAAAAAAGCAGGUCUGGUCCCUUUCUUGGUCUACGCCACUGUCGGGACCACAUCUACUGGAGCUGUCGACAGGAUAGCGGAGAUUGGUGAAGUCUUGAAAGACUACCCGACUGCUUUCCUUCACGUCGAUGCCGCUUGGGCAGGUGUAGCAUAUGCCUUACCUCAAUAUCGAGAAUCACUAAGAUUAAAGGAAGUAAACGAAUAUGCCGAUUCGUUCUGUACGAAUUUCCAUAAAUGGGGUUUAACGACUUUCGAUUGUAGUAUUUUCUGCGUGAAGAAUCGUAAAGAUUUGACUCAAGCUUUAGAUGUCACUCCACCCUUCCUUCGAAGUAAAGAAGCAGAUGCGGGUACAGUUAUAGAUUAUAGGAACUGGCAACCAUCCCUGGGAAGAAGAUUCCGAAGUAUCAAAUUAUGGUUUGUCCUUAGGAGUUUUGGUAUUAGUGGAUUUCAAAAGCACCUCGAGAGGGGUAUCGAACAUCGUCAAAAACUUACUGAGAUUGUCGAACGAUCCAAUAGAUUCGAAAUUGUUACAACACCCAAUUUGUCUUUAUUGGUUUUCCGUCUGCAUCCCAAGGAUCCCAAGGACAACAUGGAAGUGGAUGAUGACAAGUUGAAUUUGUUAAAUCAGAAAUUGCAUCAGAGAUUGGACAGUCGAUAUGAUAUCUUCUUAACUCAGACGGUAUUACAUAGUAAAGAGAGGAAUAUAUUUUGUAUAAGGUUGGCUAUGGGUGGUGUGAAUACUACUUUUGAGGAUGUCAAGAGGGCUUGGGAGAUUGUUGAGUUGGAAGGUGAUAAGGUGCUUCAAGAGGAUGAUCUGGUUUAG